AAAAGUUUAGUGCACGUAAAUUUUCACACAACGUUUUCAAAGCUCUGUGAGUAAAACUUGUUGUCAAUUUUGAAACUGAGUUGACGUUACUCAUUCUUCUAAAUCAAUAUUACUCACUUUUUGACAUUUGAACUAAAUAAGCAAAAGCGAGUACAAACUACUCACUUGAGAGUAACAUUGAAUGAGCGUGUAAAUAUUUGAAAUUUUUACCUGGCAUCUCUGUUUACACUAAACGUCGGCUUAAAUUUACUUCACUAUGGAGCCAGAAAACAUAAAGCAACCUUUAAUUGAAAGUAAAUCUGUGUUCUUAGAUACACAUGCGAUGCAAAAUCCGACAACCGACGAAACUCAACUGAAUUUAUUGAAAUAUGAAUCUGAAUGGAUUGAUCUUGGAUCAGGUUAUCAAAUCCGCAUACCAGCACAAGGCACAGAACAUAAGAGCAUUGAGCAGGGACAGUUUGAAAAUGUUAUUGUUGAAACUUUUGAAAAAGAACUAGCAGAAAUUAAUUUGGAUGAUUUGAAAACUUCAAUGUUUCACUUUGUAGAAACUCGUGAUCUUGAUGAAUCGAACUGCUUUAGUUUAAGGAUCAAGCUACAGUCGGAAGACUUAUCUAACAAACAAGUAGAGUCAUUUGAAGAUUUCGUUCACAAAUGCAAUUUCUGUAUCAGUCGUUUCUCGAUAAUGGAACAACUUAGAGGACACUUGCUACGACAUGCACAUAUUGAGUGCGACCACUGCAAUACAAAAUUCCACAAUCCAUUCGAACGGGAUUGGCACGCAAAGCGAUUCCAUAGGGUAGAUUCCUUACUUAGAAAAAGUAUUGGCAUUCACCACUUUUGCCGAUGUUGCCAGCUCAGUUUUCCCACCAAUGAAGAAAUAUUUUCACACCUAAUUAGGUGCCAUUGGGUUUAUGUUGAACAAGAGAUGAGAAAAUUUUCAGAUCCGCUAACAUGCCAUUCAGAAAGUACUAAGCAUCUUUCUACCUUAGUUCAGAAUGAAUCAAAUGCAACUUUGUGCAUUUACUGUAAUCAGAUUUUCAAAACUUCCUGGACUUUAGCGAAGCAUUUCAAAACUAAGCACAUGAGCUCUACGCAUGCCUGUAAGUACUGUACAGAAGUUUUCAGUAGUAUGUUGUUAUUGAUAAAACAUCAAAGGCGAGUUCAUGGAAUAGUGACUAAUUACAAAUGAAUUCAUUAGUAACAUGAAAAUAGAAUUGCUUAGAACAUUUUAA